UGUUGAGCGUGACAGCCCAUUUUGAGUGCAAUCCAUAUUUCGGAAUUGUAGCUGAUAUUUACCCAUACAAGAUGACGUCGGAGACUUUGUUGCACAUCGCGAAUGUUUCUACAUUGUUGGUGUGCAUGGUGCUGAAGUUCCCGCAGAUCUUCGUACUGAUGCGAGCCAAAUCCGCGACUGGAGUUAGUCUCAAAAGUCUUGUGCUCGAACUAGUCGGGUACAUUGUGUUUGUGACGUACCAGACUUAUUAUGACUACCCCCCACCAACAUACCUGGAAUAUCCCAUUCUUAUUGCGCAAGAUGUUGUUCUUCUGCUGUUGAUUCUGCUUUACAAAAGCAGGCUGCGGGACAGCCUCAUCUACACUGUUGUGUUUGUCGUGGGUUGGAGGCUCUUAACCGUGGAGAAAUGGAUCAUCGAUUUUGCAAUGAGCCUGUGCACAUUCAUUAGUGCUGCCAGUAAGUUUGCCCAAUUGCAAUGUCUGUGGAAGUCAAAGGACGCUGGCCAGGUUAGCGCCCUCACCUGGGGGUUGGCCUGCUACACCUGUGCAACACGGAUUUACACCACCAUCGCGACAACUGGAGACAUGCAGGUUCUGUUGCGCUUCAUCACCACGACCUCGCUGAACAUGUGGGUGCUUCUCAGCGUGUUCUACUACAGGAGAAACGGCCACAACUCCAUGAAAGACGACUGAGCACUUUGGAGUUGGCAAAUUCUUUGCCAGCAACGUUACCAGCACUGUUACCAAGAGAAGACCUGUUCAACUGUAAAUACCUUUUGUACCUUUAAAAUGUUGUUUGUCACUCCAUUUUCUUUUUAUGUCAUUCCAAUGUUUAGCACAUGAAAACACACGUUAGUGUUCUACAGUGGAACCCGCUUGUGCCGUUCAAUUCGCCAAGUCCUGGUCAACCGUGACUAAAAAGUUUCUUUUGUAUGAAAAGUUGUUCCCUUUAUGUCAACAUUUGUUGUAGUGUUGUCACCAAGCAGCCACGGAAUACAGUAAGUACUGUUUAGUUACACAGUAUUAAAAUGCACACAGCUACACAGUUCAGUGUAAAUUAAGCUUCAAAAUGAAAAAAAAAGGCAAUAUUUUUAGUUAUGUCCACAAUCGCUUAUGUCGAUAUGAGUCAACCAAUCCCUGGGACGUUGACUUAAAUGCGUUCCACUGUGUUACACGUAAGUGGUGUUGUGUAGUAGGGCAGCACAAUCUGACUGUAUACACCUUCCAACUCAGGAUAAAUGACCCCACUUUCUUUCCAGAACAAUAUUUAAAUAAAGUUCACUUUUUACCACCCUGCCGU